AUGUUACCCGCUAUAUCACUCCAAACCUCCCCAAACCAGCAGAAAGAUACCAGUGGUUCACCAGUUGUAUCGGGUCCUCGGGAACUCCCCUCUAUGCCGCCCUCAUCCACAAUUCCGACCCAAUUUCCAAUGGGACAACCAGCCCCGCAAGCACAGCAGUCAGCUGCAAUUAGCAAUCAAUUCACUCGAGCUGGCUAUUUUAAUCACAUCAACCUCUUCGCACUUGCUUUCCCUUCUUGGAUGAACAGUCUUUUGAAAAGAUUCGUCAAGCAUCUUAUAACUUGGGAUAAAGCAACAGUCAUUGCUGCAGUUGCCAUUGUGUUGUUAGCUAUUUGGACUGCGACCAAGGACUAUAUCGAACAUUGUCAAGGAGAACAGAAGCAAGUGUACAAUGUCGAAAGGCGGCCACCCAAGGGCUACCUCUGCCUCCCUUCUACCGAUAUGAAGACGGUACUAUAUUGCGUCGAACUUGGACUGGGACAAUCAUUGGAGCCACCGGGUCGAGAACGCAAAAUGAUUGUUACAUUUGUGGCAUCUACGAUGUUUUAUGCGGCAUGGAAUGCGAAACAUUUAAAACUUCUGAGAAUCCUAAGAGAGUCGUUUAUGCCUGCACAAUAUGACGUUGAGCGACAGCCUCAAGACCUCGGCCAUUGCACUAAAGAUACAUGUUUGAUGGACUUGGCUGGAAAGCAUGCUUCCGCUGCGCUCCCCCGAAGAAAUUCAGGUUCAAGAUCAGUUACAGUCACUACCACCAGUCAAGAUAAUAUGGAAUCGCGCAAGCUGCGCCAAAGAACGAUAAGGACCACAAAGAAAAACGAGUUACCCACUGGAAAGUUAUCAAAUGAGGUAUAUAUAGAGCAACAGCCUAAAAGAAAGCUAAUAGGACCGGUAGUGAAGCAAGAGCAGGAUGCCGUGCCCAAUACAGAUGGCCAAAUUCUUGUACCCGUCAGGAAGAAGCAACCAGUUCUGCCUCAACCUAAUAUUCCUGGCACUGUACCUCCAUCGCAAGGACCACCAGGCAAGAGAGUACCUAUCCGAAGAUCUGGAGCUCGACCACGACCACAAUCACCGCUGUUUCAUAGACCUGUUUACAGGUCCAGAAUUCGGAGACCGGAAGCCUUGCGAUUAGAACAAAGCCAAACCUCAAAAUAUCACUCUAACAAAAGACUCGAAGCCCGAAAGUUAGUUAGUAGAAGAGUUGGAGCUAUUAAUUCUUCCACCCGCUAUUUGCAAAAUCCAAACACCGGUACCUUGGGCUCCCAUGCCUCGAAUCAGGGUAUCAUAGCUAAUCGUUCAAAGUUUUUGAGACCGAAGGAGAAUUCCUUGAUCAAAGCAAAGCAUGAGCAUGCUAAUAUAAUGAGUCUCUCAUAUAUCAUGGAGCAGCAGCCCAGUGCGCAAGAGGUUCCGUCUGCUUCCGACGAAAUAGAGGAGAGAGUCAUCAAGCCGACUGCAUCUUCCCAGAGUGGAGAAGAAUACGAAUCUGAAGACGAGCUUCAGGAAGAAAUGCCACUCCUGAUUAGGAAUAAUUCAUAUAGUCGCGACAUCCCUAACAUCUCAAAUUCUCGUCAUCAUAACCUCAAUCAAACCAACGUUGCCGCUCUGCAAGAUUCUUUACUCAAUAAACCCGUGAAACUCGAGGACAUUGAACGAGCUGUCAGAAGUGUUGAAUGCGGUAGUGACACAGGAACAUCAGGUAUAAUACAAUUCAGAGCGGGACGCAAAUUACCACCAAUCAAAGGAAGAGGCGCAGGUUAUUCUCAGUAUCGUCUAAACUACAUGUCUUCAUCACCAUUGAUUUUGCCUCGGUCUAUUCCAAGGACUCCAGCAUCGCACGAUCUCAGUACAUUGGAACAUACGGCUAUAACUACACUCGCCAGUCUCAAUCGCUUUUUCGACUCGAAGAAGUUGUAUACAUGUGCCACCACUUCAGCCCCAAAUCCAGAUUCACCAGCGCCAACCAACGAGAGUGAUCAAACUCACAGUCACAGUCUGAAACGUUCACCAUCUCGUAUCUCCAACCUUAUCCCCGCAGAGAUUCACCAGUCUACGUCACCUACUUCACCAGAGAUGACUGAGCUCGAUCCAUCGAAAAAGAGAAUACGCAUAAGCUCUAUUCUUAAUCCGACGUCUACCCCUUCAGUUUCCACUUCACCAACUCCCCGGAAUCAAACCACAGGCCCACUCCGUAGCGACACUCCACUCACUCACGAUUCAAUUAAGCUCGCUAGCGAUUUUGAGAAUGAUACCUUGAUGCUAUCUCUGCCUUCUGACGCCUAUCCAUCUCCUCCUAAAUCGGCAUCAUUGUCAUCAUCAAUUCCCCUCACAACUAGCCCACGCCCUCUCGUUCCCCGAGAUACAAGUCCAAGCAUCUUGCUCCCCAAGAAACUCACCGAUCCACAAUCUCACCUUGACCCAUCCAGCGACCGUGCCUACAGAUCUCCUGCGCCUUCACCAUCAUCGCUCCCUCAAUCUAGAGAUUAUACUCCAGCUCUUACUGGGACAGCUCCGAGGUCUCUAGUUCCAAUGAUUACUGACAUUAGGAACCCAAACCCAACCCCACAAUCUCAACUCCUUUUCUUUGGUCAUCAAGCCUACUCACCUCUACCCGCACGAGCCUCACCUGUCGCUCGCUCAUCUUCACCUCCACUUUCAUCACCAUCUACCAAACCCGAUUCAAGAUCACUCCCACGCAAAAACUUCGCCUACAGAGCAUGGAAAAUGCGUCCUUCUCGCUCUAUACUCACUGGUCUCUCUGGCUCAAGUCCCCCGCAGUACUUAGUCGUAAUCCGCAAUGACGAUCGUUCAAAGACCAUUCCAAGUUCUGGUGCCUCGGAUGAAAAUGGUAAUAUGGGUAAAUGGUGGAGUGUACUUCCUGGAAAAGAGGGUUUGGACAAUAUUAGGAAGAUUUUCGAAGAAAGAUGA